UAUCGAUUGACCCUUCUGUUUCAGUUACUUUAUCAAUAUGGAAACAUACGGAUUGGUGAGACCUUAGUCGAAGAGCUUUGGUGUAUAAGAAUGAGGACGAAUCCCUCCCUAUCCUGAGUCUUCAUCCCAUUCUUCAUCUGGCUCUAGCUUUGAACAUAAUUCUACAAGGCCCAAUUUUCUUCAAGCUCAUACAUCAUCGUCAUCAUGGUCAAGACCGCCCUUCUCCCUCUCGCUCUCCUUGCUGCACUGGCUCCCUUUGCCGCCGCAAGGAACUGCAAGACUGGGCUUAAUUAUUGUGGAUGGAACCUCCUUAACAUUGGCAAGUACGGGGCCCAGGUCAAUGGCGCCCUCGAUGCUGCCCACCAGCCGACCGACGAUGCCCAUAUUCGUGAAUCCCUCUUCCACUGCAACGGUGGCGAUAAUGGCGAUAUCUCUUUCUUCACAUACUGCGGUGGUGGCUGCAAGGAUGGCGGCAUGGACCGCAGCGACUACUGCUAGAUAUUUGGUUGCGGAUUGGUAUCAACUUCUAACUAGUGGUGCGAUAUGGAUGCGGCCAUUGUACUUUAUUCCCUUCAUUCCCUUCAUCGUAUCCAACAUACGGUAUAGUGGAGUCUUAGUCUAGAAAGGAAAUGCAACUUUUAGGGGCUGAGCUUGA